AUGGCUACGCGGGCCGCUCCUGCGGCGGGUCUCCCUGCCAAAGUAGCAUCAGUGCCGCCUAACCAAACCCUCUACGUCACAAAUCUACCCUCAGCUAAGAUUCAGAAGGAAGAUUUGCGAACGGCGCUCUACAUGCUGUUCUCAACGUAUGGCUCGGUGCUGGAUGUUGUCGCCCUCAAGACCAUGAAGAUGAGAGGACAGGCCCACAUCGUGUACAAGGAUAUCCAAACGGCGACAAUGGCAAUGCGAUCAUUAGAUGGUUUCGAAUUCUUUGGCAAUCCAUUGAAAAUCUCAUAUGCGAAAUCCAAGUCAAACAUCAUUGCUAAGCUCGACGGCAGCUUCAAGCCGCCCGCCGCCUCUACCGCAGCCCGGGUCGAGAUUACCGAUCUCCAGCAGAGCAUCUUCAACGCUCCUGUACCAGGGGCAACCACAGCUGCGGCACCAUCGGCAGCGCCCGGUCUUCCGUCCAAACCAUCAGGCAUCGAUCACGCAAUGGCUGAUGCUGGAACCCCCGAGAGCCGUGGAACGAAGCGGCCCAGAGAGGAGGAGGACCAGGCGGAAGAAAGUGACUCGGACGUCGCAAUGGAGGAGGAGAGUGACGAGGAAUGA